AUGCGGGCCUUUCAACUGGCGCGAUCGCCUGCUUCUUCGGUCGCAGUUGCUGUUGUUGGCGGCGGCAGUACGCUCGGCUGGCGCACCGUCGCGGGUCCUUCAGCGCUGUACCGCAUGGGGUGUCGAAGCCCCACUGUUUCCCUGCAGAAGCCGCAGCAGCAGCAGCAGUGCGCCUUGUGUUGCCAACACCGGGCGAUUGGGCCGCGUCAGUAUGCACCGAGAGGAUUCCGUGAGGCCGCGGGUCGUGCCCCAAUGACGUUUGAGUUCGGUGAGGAGUGCAACGACCUUGCCAAGGUGGCACAUCAGACAAAGAACUACGGCGACGCGAUCAGUCUGUACGACCGCGCACUGACAAUGCGACGCGAGAAAUACGGCCCCAUCCACCCCAAGUGUGCGGCGACGCUGCACAACAUUGGCCGCGUCUUCCUCGACAUGCGGGAGCCUGGCGCUGCGGAGAAUGCGCUGACAGAGGCUGCCGCCAUCUACGAGGAGACGGAGGGGAAACAAUCGGUGCGGUAUGCCGAGAGCCUCGCACUCCUCGCCCUCGCUUACACACACCUGAACUUCCUCGAUGAGGCGGAAAAGGCGUUUCGCGAGAGCAUCAAGGUAUUCCGUGACACGUCAUACAACCAUGCUGCGGGCUCGUGGCUACCGGAUGAGGCGGUCGGUGAUGGCUCCUCUUCGUCGUCUGCUGCUUCUGCGGCAGCAAUUGCGGAGCCGCAGAAACACCCGCUCGCGUCCGCCGCCCACGCCCUCGCCGACUGCGCGCAACUGUUCCUGUUGCAGGGGCAGGAGUCCAAGGCGAUCGCGUUCCUCGAGGAGGCGUUGGAGAUACGCCGCUACCUGUACAGCCGUCAUAACAAGUACCGCCCCAUCAUUGCCCAGACACUCAACAAGCUGUGUGAGCUCAAGAAGGCGAUCAAUGACGCUACAGGGGCAGAGAUGUGCAUCAAUGAGUGCCUCGAGAUUUGCGUCGCAACACUCGGCCGGGACUCCCCCGCCACAGCCCAGGCGACCAGCAGCAAGGCUGCGCUGCUCGCCGCCCGCCGCCAGUUCCGUGAGGCGCGCAAGCUCUACGAGGAAAGCACCACGACGUACGCCAUUGCACUCGGUAAGGACGCUGCACUCUUUGGUCUUGAGCUGAUAAAGCUGGGCCGCAUCCAGGAGCUAUGCGACGACUACGCCACUGCGCAAAAGACGUACGAGCGCGGCAUCGAGGUGAUCACGAAGGCGCUCGGCCCCGACGCGCUGCAGCUGGCGGAGGCCUACACCUUCCUCGGCUCGCUGCUGGUAAAGCGGCAGGAGUUGGACCGCGCCAUUGACCUCUUCCGCGACGCGGUGCGGCUGCGCAAGGCGAAGGACCGCAACGACCCGCAGCUGGCGUUUUUGUAUCAGAAGCUCGGUGACGCGUACGCAAUGCGGCGCGAAUCGCACGCCGAGGCGUACUUCCUCCUCGCGAUCGAGCAGUUCCGCGUCAACGCGCGGGUGGAGCCGCUGCAGCGCACCUUUCUCACCGACGUGCUGGACGACCUCGGGCUGCUCUACCUCGAGUUUCACCACCUUGAGAAGGCGGAGAGCUGCCUGAAGGAGGCGCUCGACACACGCAUUGAGAUGCUCGGCGAAAACCACGCCACGGUGGCGUACUCAUACAGUAACUUCGCGCUGCUCUAUCUGCACCGCGAGGACUUCGCGAACUGCGAGAAAAUGUGCAAGGCGGCGCUUGAUAUGUACGCCAAGACGGCGCGGUCGAAUGUGCUCGCACAGGCCGAUGUGUACACGACGUACGGGCAGUGCUGUCACCUGCAGAAGCGCUACGCCGACGCGCUGGCGUGGCAUGAGAAGGCGCUCAACGUGCGCCGCACGCGUGGCGAGAACAGCGAGACGGCCACCGCGGAGUCCCUGAACCACAUUGCACGCGUGUACGUGUCGAUGAAGCAGUACGCACCCGCCACAAAGUACCUCGCCGAGGCAAAGAAGAUUGCGUACCAGUACAACGCCGACUUCACGCAGUAUUUGAGGCAGGAGGUGGCCAAGACAGAGCAGCAGAUUCCACCAAUGGAGGAGUGGGGCACGGAGGACCGCGCCGCUGCGACGCCGGCGCUUGCUGACAGCCAGACGGGUGGAGCAAAUGGCAAGAAGGCGGACUAA